AUGGAGCAAGAACAUGUGUCGUCUCCAAAAUCAGAGCCGCCCCCUGGCAUCGUUCCUCGCUUUGUCAGGAGUUUAAGCAAGGCCAGCGCUACAACAGAGCAAUCACCCUCAACCGUUCAUGUAGGCGCCGAGCCUCGAGCUUCAAGUUUACCAUCCUCCGCAUCACAAAUUUUACAAGCAAAGUCAAACACCAUAGACAAGUUAUUGAAAUAUGCACGCAAGGCGAAGAGGCCAGGUUUUCCUCCAUCCUCCUGGCUCGUGGAGGAAGGCAAUCAAGCUCAACAACCGAUCACUCCCACUGCUGCAUCCCUUCAUGCUUCCCCCAUUAUUGAUGAUGAGAUUCAGGAGGCAGGCAGCAGUGCGACUGUUGAUGCGAUUCAAUUUGAUGGCGGUGGAGAAGUCGGAGUUGAAAGCGAACCACCAGAGCCUGACACUCUCGCUCGAAGAAUUCAAGCUAUGAUCGCAUCGCUGCCCUCCGUGCCAUCUGGCCUACCCACUUCUUUCCCCCAGUUCUAUACUACACCCUCUGGAACCCCAGUCAUAGAUCCCAAUGACAGCCCUCCCAUCUCUUCCCCAGGAUUUUCUGACUCAAAGUUGACGACAUUCCUCACUUCAUUCUCCGUCAUGAAUGGGUCAAUCGAUCGUGGGAGAGAGUCGGUCUGGUCUGUGUUAGACCGAUUGCGAUCCCCUAUAACAAAGAGGGAUGGCUCCGCUGAGUCGAACGCAGUGGAACCGCGCACUGGCGCGGAGUAUGAAGAUGACAAUGGAUCGGUCAUGAUGUACGGGCCUUUAGAACCCACCGAGGACUCGGAGAUAGAGAUCGCGCGCUCAGAAAUUGUCUCACUCAAUGGAGAUGGAGAAGAGAUCCGCACACCCCAGCUGACUUUCGUUCCCCUUCCAUCAGAGUCAAUCGAACAAGUUCUCGCCCAGAGCGAGAGUUCGGGCACAGGGAAACAAAGGGCGGGCCAUGAGCAGGUUCCAUCCAGCAGCAGUGUCGAACCAAAGGACAUGACUACUGUUGCCGUAAGCGAACCAGUUGAAUAUCGUGUCUGGCUCCCAUCUCCUACAAAAAUAUCUGUUCAAGCGAUGUGGUGGGGAUUCCGAAUUUACCUUCCGCCUCCUGUGCUCGAUGCUCUCAACGAUAAACAACUUGAAGCUGCGAAACGCGCUGCCAUGAUCACAACCGCGCUGAAAUGGCUACUGGAUCAUUUACCCAUCUCGCUCAUGCCGCCGCAGCUGCGCACCUCGAUGAGUAUUCUCCGCCGACUUGUACCAUACCUCGGCUACAUCGGAGGUUUCAUUGCUUGGAGCUGGUCAGCAGUUAAAGUUUUUGAUAAAGGGUACGGAGUGGUUCUCACUGCCACUUGGCUCCUUCCAAUCGCCCUCAUACCGGGAACGUGGGAGGCGACCGACUUUCCAGCGUUGCAGGCGGAACCCCAGACCCCCGCUUGGUCGAAGUACUAG